GCCUGUGAUGGUUUUCAUACCACCACUUCCUUCACCUCUCUCAGGUGGACCUUAAGCUCCCCCUGUAUGCGCUUCAGCUAACCUCUGUUACUGUACCAUCCUUAAAUGCUCUUUUCUUCCUAUUCUGGAUAUUCUUUAAAUUAUUGGUGAUCCACGGUUUGUUAUUGGGAAAGCAGCAUACAGUUCUAGUUGGAACCACCACGUCCAUGCAGAAGUUCAUAUAAUUAGUAGUGCAAUGAGUGACCUCCUUAAUAUCCUCGCUGUGAACUCCCUGCAAAAUGCUCCAAUAAGUACAUUCAAAACAGUCUCUCAGAGCCUCCGCUGCCUCAGGUGACCAUUUCCUGAAUGAACUUUUGGAUAUGGACUGCCUCUGUAUCAGUGGUUUAUACUAAGGUGUGAGCAGGACCAAGUUAUGAUCAGACUUUCCUAAUGGGGGUAGAUGAGUAGCAGUGUAAGCUUCCCUCACGUUUGCAUACAGUAGAUCUAAAGUCUUGUUCUUCCUAGCAGGGCAGCUUACAAACUGAUGAAAGUCUGACUGUGUAGAAUCCAGUGUCAUGUGAUUAAAAUCCCCAGAGAUAGCAAUAAAAGCUUUCGGAUGUUGUGUUUGCAGUUUCGCAAUGGUGGAGUGGAUUACGUCAUGCGCAGUCUCUGCAUGCGCUUGCGGUGGUAUGUACACAACAAUGGAGUAGGAAAACUCUCUAGGCAUAUGGUUGCACCAUCUGUUGUUAAUAAACAGUGCGAGUCCCCCUUUUUUGCUUUUACCGCUGCGCUUGAAAUCCCGAUCCGCUCUCACUGUAGCAAAUCCUGAUAGAUCCACAUUACCGUAGGGGGUGUUCUGAGUUAGCUAGGUUUCGGAGGGGCAAAACAAACUGCACUCCCUCCCUGAACAUCCUCUCCGUCUUCACAAGGGCAGCCAGUUCAUCCGUCUUGGUCAGACAAUUUACAUUCCUCAUCACUAUUGACGGAACCGAGGGCUUAUACUUCCACCGCUUAGCCGUUAGCCUAACCUUCACCUUCACUCCGGCUCUGCAGCCUUGCCGCCUCUUUUUCAACUCCUAAGGUUGACAAUGAAGAUGCAUCAGGCCAGUCUAUUUAUAUUGUUUGGCCUGUUAUCUGCUCUGUCAGGAUCUUACGGAGGCAACAUUUUGGUUGUUCCUGUGGAUGGAAGUCACUGGGUUAAUAUGAAGAUCCUUAUUUUGGAGUUGCAUUCAAAAGGUCACAGUUUUACAGUGAUCCGAGGAUCUAGUAGUUGGUACAUUGAAGAGCAGUCUCCUUACUACACCUCCAUUACUGUGGAUACUGGCAAAUUUGAUGAUGAUUUCAUGUUGAAAUUUCUCCCUCGUUUACUGAAGAUCCAAAGACAAGGAAGAACAUUUUGGAAUGAAAUGACACUUGCUGAUGAGAUGUAUGGCAGGUUUGCAGAAAUUCAUGAGGAAAUAUGCGAUAUGACAGCCAAAAUGUUUAAUAACGAGACAUUGAUGAAUUCACUAGAGGAUGCCAAAUAUGAUCUUGUUCUUGCUGAUCCUGCUUUUGGAGGUGGAGUGUUAGUGGCACAUCGUCUUGGACUCCCGCUUGUGUUAAAUGUCCGCUGGACCAUGUUUGGUGAAGCACAUUUUGAUAUAGCUCCAUCUCCCCUCUCUUAUGUGCCUGUUACAGGGUUAAAAUAUACUGACAGGAUGACUUUCCUUCAAAGAGUCAUGAAUGUGGUGAUACAUAUAAUGACUCUUCAUAAAAAUGCAAAGUACUUUGGUUAUCCUUACAAACAGUUCACCAAGAAAUAUUUUGGUCCAGAUGUUGAUUUCUUCUCUCUACUACAGAACGCAGAUAUCUGGCUAAUGCGAAAUGACUUCACUUUUGAGUUUCCACGACCCACAAUGCCAAAUAUCAUCUAUAUGGGCGGCUUCCAGUGCAAACCUGCAAAGCCACUUCCAGCUGAUCUUGAGGAAUUUGUGCAGAGCUCUGGAGAGCAUGGAGUCAUCAUCAUGUCUUUGGGAACUGUUUUUGGUGAGCUUUUAAGUGAAUUAAAUGAUGAGAUUGCUGCAGCUUUUGCCCAGCUUCCCCAAAAAGUUAUCUGGAGGCACACAGGACCACGGCCUGCCACCCUUGGUAAUAAUACUUUGAUUGUGGACUGGUUUCCUCAGAAUGACUUACUUGGACAUCCAAAAACUAAGGUAUUUGUGGCACACGGGGGCACCAAUGGACUUCAGGAAGCCAUCUACCAUGGGGUGCCUAUUGUGGGUCUUCCUUUAGCCUUUGAUCAACCUGACAAUCUCUCCAGGAUGCAAGCAAAGGGAACAGCAAAAGUUGUAGAUAUUUCAACUGUUGACAGAACAGUAUUUUUAGAUGCAUUAAAGGAGGUCUUGUUUAAUUCAUCUUACAGAGAAAGCAUGCAGAGACUGUCCAGACUUCACCAUGAUCAGCCAAUGAAACCUCUUGAUCGUGCUGUCUUCUGGAUUGAGUUUGUCAUGAGGAACGGUGGAGCGCCUCAUUUACGAUCGCAAUCUUUCAGAAUGUCCUGGAUUGCUUACCACUCUAUAGAUGUUAUUUUCACUUUAAUGGUGGCAAUUUUCAUGUUUUUAUUUGUGACUGUUUACAUAAUUAGAUAUUUCUGUCUGAUUUUACUCAAGAAGAAAGUAAAACGUGAGUAAUGUUUGGGAUUUCAGUUAACUCUAUUUUCUAAUUUAAAUAACAUGUGUUUUUUUUAAAUAAAUUCAAAUUCAAAUACUUUAACUGGAUUUGUAAUUGGUGUAACCUUUUAGGUAUAAUAAGUAUAAUUCAUAAUUUGAAGUGUCCAUUAAUUAUAGCAUACAGAUUUUUACAUCUUUUAAUAUUUAACAAAUUAUUGUUUUACAACCUGCCCUAAUUAUGGCAAAUAUAUUUUAUAUUCAUGUGUGUCAGU